AUGCAGUUGAGCACCGGCGACGCGGAGGCUCCAGGCCGAGGCCCGAGGGUGCUGGUGGUGGGUGGCGGCAUCGCGGGCCUGAGUGCUGCGCAGAGACUGUACCAGCACGGGGCCUUCCCGCACUUGCGGGUCCUGGAGGCCACCGCCCGGACCGGGGGCCGCAUCCGCUCAGAGCGCAAAUUCGGUGGCAUGGUGGACAUGGGUGCCCAGUGGAUCCACGGCCCCUCCCAAGGCAACCCAGUUUUCCAGUUGGCUGCUCAGUAUGGACUUCUGGGGGACAAGGAAAUGUCGGAGGAGAACCAGCAGGUGGAGAUGGGGGGCCACUUGGGCCUCCCCUAUGUGUCCUACGGCAGCUCUGGACAGAGUGUGAGCCCUGAACUGGUGGAGAACAUGGCCAGUCUCUUCUACACUUUGCUGGACCAGACCCGGGAGUUCCUUCACGUGACUGACCCCCCAGUCCCCAGUGUCGGGGAGUACCUCAAGCAGGAAGUUGGCCGGCAUGCAGCCAGCUGGACAGAGGACCAGGACACCAAGAAGCUCAAGCUGGCUGUCCUCAAGAGCUUCUUCAACCUGGAGUGCUGUGUGAGCGGCACACACACCAUGGACCUGGUCGCCCUGGGGCCUUUUGGAGAGUACACCAUGCUGCCAGGACUGGACUGCACCUUCCCGGAGGGCUACGAGGGUCUCACAAACUGCAUAGCAGCCUCCUUGCCAAAGGACAUCCUGGUGUUCAACAAGCCUGUAAAGACUAUUCAUUGGAGCGGAUCCUUCCGGGAGGAGACUCUUCCUGGGGAGACAUUUCCCGUGCUGGUGGAGUGUGAGGAUGGAGACCGUCUCCCAGCCCACCACGUCAUCGUCACUGUGCCUUUGGGUUUUCUUAAAGAACGUAUGGACACCUUCUUUCAGCCGCCACUGCCCUCUGAAAAGGCAGAAGCGAUCAGGAAAAUGGGUUUUGGGACCAACAAUAAAAUCUUCCUGGAAUUUGAGGAGCCAUUCUGGGAAGCGGACUGCCAGAGCAUGCAGUUGGUGUGGGAAGAUGCACUGUUGCUCGAGGAUGCUGCAGCCGACCUACAGGACACCUGGGUCAGGAAGCUUUUUGGCUUUCUUGUUCUGCCCACCUUUGGGUCUGGCCACGUCCUCUGUGGAUUCAUUGCUGGGCUCGAGUCAGAGUUUAUGGAGACCCUGUCUGAUGAGGAGGUGCUUCAGUCUCUUACUCGGGUCCUUCGGAGGAUGACAGGGAACCCACAGCUCCCUGCACCCAGGAGCGUGCUACGGUCUUGCUGGCAUAGUGACCCUUACACCCGGGGCUCCUACAGCUAUGUGGCCGUGGGCAGCACUGGGGACGACAUCGACCUGCUGGCUCAGCCCCUCCCUGGAGACAACACGGAGGCCCAGCUGCAGAUCCUGUUUGCUGGGGAAGCCACACACCGGACGUUUUACUCGACCACGCAUGGGGCGCUGCUGUCCGGGCGGCGGGAGGCUGACCGGCUCAUCAGCCUGCUGGAUGCCAAGGGGCAGCCGCCACAGCCCAGGCCCUGA